GCGCCCGGGCGGGCACGGCGGCCGCGGGGCGAGGAGCGGCGGCGCGGGGCGGGCCGGGCCGGGCCAGGUGCUGCGAGGCGGGGGAGCGCGGAGCGACCCUGCGCGGGGGCGGCGGCGGAGGCCGUGCCGCCAUGCGCCGUGCCGCGGGCCGGGCUCGCCAUCCUGCGGCGUAAGCGGCGGGACGCGGCUCGGCUUUCCGCCCGUGAUGUCCCCCGGGCAACAGGGGAAGGCGACUCACUCGAGGGCUGCGGCAGAGGCCUAGUGCGGCUCCGCGUCCGCGCCGCCGCGCCCCCAUGGCCGAGGAGCAGCAGCCGGAGGGGCAGCCGCCGCGGCGGCUGGCCGGCACCCCCGCGCCCGGCGGGGCCCUGCCGGCCCUGGUGCCGGGGCUGCAGGGCGGCGAGGCCAGCGCGCUGCAGCACAAGAUCUGCAGCUCCAUCUGCAAAACUGUACAAUCUAAAGUGGACUGCAUUUUGCAAGAAGUUGAGAAGUUUACAGACCUAGAGAAACUCUACCUCUACCUUCAGCUGCCUUCGGGUCCCAACAAUGGAGAUAAAAGCGAUCAGAUCUCCAUGUCGUCCAGCCGUGCCCAGCAGAUGCACGCCUUCUCGUGGAUACGGAACACCUUGGAGGAGCACCCCGAGACAUCCCUUCCCAAGCAGGAGGUUUAUGAUGAAUACAAGAGCUAUUGUGACAAUCUUGGCUACCACCCGUUAAGUGCUGCUGACUUUGGAAAGAUCAUGAAAAAUGUCUUUCCAAAUAUGAAGGCCCGUCGUCUAGGCACAAGAGGCAAAUCAAAAUAUUGCUACAGUGGACUGAGGAAGAAGGCUUUUGUGCAUAUGCCAACACUGCCCAACCUUGACUUUCAUAAAACUGGAGAUGGGUUGGAUGGGGCAGAGCCGACUGGGCAGCUGCAAAGUGCUGAUGAGGAAGUCGUCUCUGCAGCCUGCCGGCUGGUUUGUGAAUGGGCGCAGAAAGUGCUGAGCCAGCCUUUUGAUACAGUCUUGGAAUUGGCUCGUUUCCUUGUAAAAAGUCACUAUAUCGGUACCAAGUCAAUGGCAGCUUUAACAGUAAUGGCAGGGGCACCGGCAGGAAUAAAAGGGAUCCCCCAGCCCUCAGCUUUUAUACCUACUGCUGAAAGUAAUUCCUUUCAACCGCAAGUGAAAACUCUGCCAUCUCCUGUUGAUGCCAAGCAGCAGCUGCAGCGUAAGAUCCAGAAGAAGCAGCAAGAACAGAAACUGCAGUCUCCUUUGCCAGGAGAGUCUCCAGCAAAGAAGACGGAAGGCUCUGCAACCAAUGGUGUGACCAGUAUAUCUAAUGGAAGUCCUGCAAUUCUGUCUCCUCCGCCUAUUGGCAUUGUUGUGGCAGCUGUCCCCAGCCCAAUACCGGUGCCAAGGACCAGGCAGUUGGUGACGUCUCCAAGUCCUAUGGGAUCAUCUGAUAGCAAGGUCCUGCCGCUCAAUGUUCAGGUGGUCACUCAGCACAUGCAAUCAGUCAAGCAGCCACCAAAGACUCCCCAGAACGUUCCUGCCAGCCCAGUUGGUGACCGCUCUGCCCGACAUCGCUACCCGCAGAUCUUACCGAAGCCAGCAAACACCAGUGCUCUCACCAUCCGCUCUCCCACGACGGUGCUGUUUACCAGUAGCCCUAUCAAGACUGUUGUGCCAGCUCCACAUGUGAAUUCCUUAAAUGUGGUGAAAAUGACAGCAAUAUCCCUUGCCCCAAGCAGCAGUAAUGUGCCCGUCAAACAGACGCCUUCAGUUAGCAGUAGUGCAGGAGCAGUGGAAGAAGGGAGGACUGGUCCACAGAUCAAAAAUGGAUCUGUUGUUUCACUUCAGUCUCCGGGAUCCAAGCCUAGCACUGUUGUAGCUACGCCUGCAGUCAAGAUCAAAAUGGAACCAGAAGCACUGCUGGAUGAGAACUCAGUACAGGGCCAAGAGAGCUCUGAUGUGUCAAAAUCCAUAAAGGCAACCCCUGACCUGCCUCCUGCUCAACUAAUUAAUUUUGAGGUUGCAACCUUGAAGGUUUCAGCUGAUGAUGUUCUGGAGGCAAAACCAGGUAAGGGCUGUGAUCAGGGAGCUGAAGAAGCAGGGACCAAAUAUAAAACACAAUCUAAUGAGAUCACACCAGUUUCUUCAGCAGGCAAUAAUCAAAACACUCUAAAGCUCUCAGUUGCCAGUCAGAACUUGUCCAGCACCAGCAUUGGUUCACCUCCUACUGGUGAGUCUACAAUUAAAGACAAAACAUGCACUAAAAGUCCAAGAAAGCGACAACCUUCUAUGCUUCAGGAUUCCCAGGUACCACCUGUAAAGAAAUCUCUGGUGGAGCAGCUUUCAGCUGGUAAUGCCACAGAGGGUCAAAAAGCAAAUGGUGUUAAGAAGUCUCCGAAGGUUGGAUCGUUAACUAACAGUGACAAUACGGCAACACUUGCUCAAGUUCCCAGCACAGUACCUGUGAAGGUACCUGUACCCUCUACAGCUGCAGCAAACUUAACAACAGACCUUUCUUUGAGCACCACUUUAAAUACCAGUGAUUCUACUUUAGGACAACAGCUUGCAUCAGCAUCAUCUCCAGAUAUAAAAGUAAAAUUGGAAGGAAACUUGUUUAUCAUAGAAAACGAUUCAACAUCCGAUGGCAGCUUUAACCCAAAUACAUGGCACCAUAUCACCAAAACCUCUGACUUCGCAUCUGUGAAUUGUGAACAGCAGCAAGAUAUCAGUGUUAUGACUAUUGCAGGGCACUCUGGCUCUGGUGACUUGCAGGAAUCGGCCUGGGAGCCAGUGCACUGUGAAGGUAUACAGCAGGAUGCAUACGCCCAGCAGUUACAGAGCCAGAUCCAGGAGUCCUCCUUGGGUCAAAUACAAGCACAGUCUUCAAAUCAGUUACCUCUGCAGUCUGAACUGAAAGAGUUCGAACACACAGUCCCUCAGUCGAACGAAAACUUCUUUUCCUUUGAUGAUGACCUUACCCAGGACAGCAUUGUGGAGGAGCUGGUGCUCAUGGAGGAGCAAAUGUCCAUGAAUAAUUCCCAUCCUUAUGGUGGUUCUCUAGGAAUGGCACUUCAGAGUCAGACGGCAGCUCAAGGAGCUCCUGUGUCAUCUCAUCCAAGCAGCGUGCACUUUUACCAUUCGAUCCAUAACAACAGCACUCCAAUUCACACUCCCACUCCCACCCCCACCCCGACUCCCACCCCCACCCCGACUCCAACACCCACUUCUGAAAUGAUCGCUGGAUCUCAGAACAUGUCUCGAGAGAGCCCCUGUUCAAGGCUGGCUCAGACAACUCCUGUAGACAGUGCUCUAGGAAGCAGCCGGCAUACGCCCAUCGGCACACCACAUUCAAACUGCAGCAGCAGUGUCCCUCCGAGUCCUGUGGAAUGCCGAAACCCAUUUGCAUUUACUCCCAUCAGCUCCAGUAUGGCUUACCACGAUGCCAGCAUUAUAUCGAGUAGCCCCGUGAAGCCAAUGCAGCGGCCUAUGGCUACCCAUCCCGACAAAACCAAGCUUGAGUGGAUGAAUAACGGCUACAGUGGUGUUAGUAAUUCCUCGGUUGCAAAUCACGGCAUCCUUACGAGCUAUCAGGAGCUGGUGGAAGACCGCUUCAGGAAACCUCACGCUUUUGCUGUUCCUGGCCAGUCAUACCAGUCCCAGCCGCGCCACCACGAUACUCACUUUGGUCGCGUGACUCCUGUGUCACCCGUGCAGCACCAGGCAGCCUCUGUCAGUAGCACCACCAAGCAAGAGGGCUUUGCUGUUCCUGCUCCUCUGGACAACAAAGGAACCGGUUCCUCUCUCAACAACAGUCUGAGAUGCCGGAGUGUGAGCCCUGCUGUCCAUCGCCAGCGCAAUCUCAGUGGAAGCACUGUUUACCCAGUUUCAAAUAUACCACGCUCCAACCUGACACCUUUUGGAAGUCCGGUGACUCCUGAAGUUCACAAUGUAUUUGCUAAUAUCCAUGCAGACACCAGUGCCAAUAACAUAGCGCAAAGAAGCCAGUCAGUCCCAUUGACUGUGAUGAUGCAGACGGCCUUCCCAUCUCUUCAGAAACAAACAAACACUAAAAAAAUAACUAAUGUGUUGUUAAACAAACUUGAUUCUGAUAGUGAUGAUGCAGUGAGAGGUUUGGGAAUGAACAACAUGCCCUCAAAUUACACAGCCAGGAUGAACCUCACUCAGAUUUUAGAGACAUCCACGGCUUUUCCUAGUGCCAACCCGCAAAAUAUGAUCAAUUCCAGCACUUCAGUUUAUGAAUUCCAAACACCAAAUUACCUCACAAAAAACAGCAGCACCGAUCAGAUCAGUUUUUCUUCUGGAGAUAACCAAGCACAGUCAGUCAUCGGAGAGCAGCAGUUAGAUUUUAGCAGCACUGUAAAAGACCUUUUAGGGGAGGACAGUCUGCCAACAAACCAGCAGCUGGUGAAUCAGGUGGCAUCAGAUCUUAAUAACGUUGCAUCUGUCUUUUCCAGCGACAUCAGGUUGUCUUCCGAGCUCUCAGGCAGCAUUAAUGAUCUGAACACUUUAGAUACAAAUCUACUGUUUGAUCCAGGUCGUCAGCAGGGACAAGAUGAUGAUGCUACACUGGAGGAAUUAAAAAAUGACCCCUUGUUUCAACAAAUCUGCAAUGAAUCCAUUAACUCAAUGACUACGUCAGGUUUUGAGUGGAUGGAGAGUAAGGAUCAUCCUGCUGUUGAAAUGUUGGGUUAAUCUUGUUUUAUAAUAUGUAUGUAGCACACUGUAUCUAAAAGACAGACGUAUUGUAUUUGUCUUAAUGGAAGUGCCUCCCGCAGCAGAAACACUUGCUAUGUAUUGUGGCAUUUUUAAAAAAGUUUGCUGUACCUGUUGCUCAUUCUUCAGCAGGGAAAAAGCAGUCUUACCAAUUUUAAACAAAUCUCUGAAGGUGAUGGGCUAUCAAAGAGCCAGUAUUAAAAUUUGAAUUUUAUAGCGUUUCCCAUUCAACAUUUCUUACUGUAGCAAAUAAAGAAGUGGUUAAUAGCCAGCCAGCAAUGCUGUGGUUUAUAUAAUAGCCAGCCAGACAGCUAUGGCUGAGGCUUUGGGAGGGUGUUAAGUCAGGCUCAUUAGUAGGCUUUCCGUACUUUGUAUUGCUUGUUACUUCUUAGUAGGUGAUCCUUCAUGGGCCUCUGUUGUUCAGGUCUGAAAUACAGGGUGCCUGCAGACAGGUAGGUGCUGGGGAGUGGGGAGAGGUGAACCCGGUGACACGCAGGUGCCCGAUCAUUGUGUAGCUAGCUGCCUUGAGCACUGCGCAGUGGUGAACUGUGGGAAAUCUCUGUAGCACGGGUGCCAUCGGCAUCUCUAGUAAAAUGCAGAGAUAGGAAAAACCUAACAGGAAUGAUCAAGGAAUAAGAAAGAUGCACUAAAUUUUUUAUUUAAGAGAAAUAAAUCUAUGUAGUUAUUUUAUCCAUUAAUAUUCAUGACAUACUUGAUAUUUUAGUUCUCACUUAAAUGUUUUUAUAUUAGGUAAAAUUCAUGCGAAAAGAUUGUGAGCACUGAGAUUUAAUGUAGGCAUAACACCCUAUUUUAAAGUGAUAGGUACUGUUUAAUUAUUUAUCAAUGCUAGAGAAGGAACAUAUAUUUUCCCUCUUUUUUUUUUUUU